AUGGCUCGAGCAGCUGUCAUCCCGAAGUCGUCGCCCCCUAAACGGGCCACGCGCACCACAGCGAAACGAACCACUACGUCAACGACGACGACAACAACAACCAGCAAGACCACGAAACCAGCACCCACCAAGUCAGCAACGCGAACGACGACAAAGGGCAAGGCCCCUACAUCGGCUACCGAAGCCAGGAAACGGGGCGUGCGAACCGCAGCGGCGGCGAGUAACCCGGUCGAGGAUAGCUCGGAUGAUGGAACCGAUGAUGAACUUGGAGACGUGGACACUAAGCCGAAGAGUUCUACGACGAGGACGAAAGCGAAGUCGUCUGCUCCUACAACUACAACGGCUGGUCGUGGUAGGCGGACGGCCACGACUGCCACGCCCGAGGUAGAGAGUGACGAGGAUGAGGAUGAACUUGCUCAGACUGAGGCCCCUAAGAAACGUGCUGGACGGCCAAAAGCUAGGUCUGCUGAGCCUGCCGAGAAGCCUACAGCUGCGCCUAAGACGAGGGGAAGACCCAAGGGCAGCGGAAAGACAAACGCGACUACUGGCAAAGAAGGCACACAGAGGAAGACGCGAACGCAGACGAGUGUCGAGCCUGAGCUUGAGGCUGAGUCUGGAGUCGAGCAGGCCCCGAAGGAAAUCUUUAUCACAACGAAUUCUUCCAGCAUGCGAUCGAAUAUACUACGUGGUCCGGCCAAGAAGAAGAAGGUCACUUUCCGUGACCCGGAUUCGGAGGAGGAUAUGAGUGAGCCCAUCCCUCCCCCUGCCGGGCGGAGAAGGGCUGCUACACCUGCGAAGAAGGGCGGUCUUGCAGCCAAGCCUGUUCGUAACUCUCCUGCAGCUUCCGGUCGGGGCCGUAAACCGGCAGCCGCCAAAAAGGGUACUUCGAAGCCUCUCUCGCCCAAGAAAGCAACGCAAGUUGCCAAGUCGAUCUCGUCGUAUGCCAGCUCGGAUGGCGAAGAGGACGAAUUGAGCGUCGCCAAAAGCCCCGUCAGGAUUACUGUCGACUCUCCCACAAAACACGGAUCAACAAAGACUGGACUAAGCUCCCCGGUAAAACGAAUCAACUUUGCUUCCGCCUCGCCUAAGAAGAAAGUCGACGAAAAUGGAGAGCCGACUGCUCACCUGCCCAUGCCGAUGGAUUUCAGCGAGUCUCUUUUUAUGUCUAGUCCCGCUCGCCGCCCUACCCCAUCGCCUUUCAAUUUCACAAUGAGGGAGACUCCUAGACGUGGUGGUUUCACCGUGCGAGAGGAUAUGAAGGCUUCCAAUCAGCAGGAUUCGACACCAACCAAGAGCUCGCCACUUAAAGCGUCGCCUAAGAAGGCUAAGCUGGAGACACCGAGACGUGGUAAUCUGAACUUUCUCGGUGAUAGCGGACCCCUAUCUCAGCCUAACUUUACCCCCGGACACACCUCUCCCCUGAAAUCUUCGCCUAAGAAAGGUCUUUUCAGUAUCUCGCUUCCCUCACAGCCUGCGCCGCCUGUAUCAUCAACCCCGCUGAAGUCCAUGAGCCUGCUGCAGAGCCCCGCAAAGAGAAUAGCUUCUCCGUUCAAGAGUUCUUUGAUGAGAAAGUCGCCUUUAGCUGAAGAUCGUGAAUCGGAAGAUGAAGAUCACGCAGAAAGCUAUACGCCAACUCAAAGCCCUCCAAAACACGUGGAUUUCGACGAAAUGGACGACAUAAAAACGGAGGAUGACGACCAUGUCGAUGCUGCUGAAUUUGAAGAAGCGGAAGGCAGCCUCCCUGCUGAGAAUCGAAUGGGGACUCAGCCAGAGACAGAAAAUCACGCUGAAGCCGAAGCUUCUGAAGUCUCUGACGAUGAGCCUGAAGAGCAACCCCAGGAGUACCCCUCCGAUCACGUCGAUGACCAUGACUCAGCAAUCCCUAAUGCUCAUGAAGACCCGAUGGACCCAUUAGAGCUCCAGGCUCAAGAGUCUGCAAGCGAGCAUGAUUUCGAAGAGGAAAAUGUGGACUCUGAAGCUGGAGAAGAUAAUCAGGAGGAGGAAGUUGAACAAAACGUUGAAUCGCACAACAACAGCCAUCCUGAAGAUACCCAGCCAGUCUUUGAAUCCCAUGAGGAGAAGCGGGAGAGCCUCGCAAACGGUAAUAUUGAGAAUGUUGAAGAUGAGGAUGAGAUUGCUCAUGUGGAAGAGAAAGCGCAUGAUGCUGAGGAGGAUAAAGACCUCGUUUCUGAACAAGACCAUGAAACAGCUCAUCUGACGGAGCCAGAGCAAGCUCAAGAAGACACUGUCGAAAAAACGCCAGAACGUUCAAUCAUCAGAGAGGAGGCUACUUCCACAGGCCGACGCAGCCUUAUUGAAGGCCUUGAAGACGUCUUUGUCGACGCGCCCCUUCCUGCCGGUCAGCUUACUGAAGACCUUGACUCCAUGAGCGGUGAUGACAUGUCAGUAGCUGGGGGCGAGGAGGUCGAUAUGGCUGAACCAAACAAUCAGUACGACGAGGAUUAUUACGAUGUUGGCGAUGAUUAUGUAUUCGAUGAUGACGAGGAGACCAUCGUGGCAUUUGAAAUGACUGGACAGCAACAGAUGUUCGAUGCACCUGACAUUGCCCACGAACAACCGCAAGAUACUGCUCCACGUCAAGUUGAAGAUCAGGCUCCACAAAGUCCAGUGGAAUCGAUUGAGCAACAAAUGACCCAAGCGCCUAUUAAUGACGAGAAUAUUAUACAGGAAAGCGCUUCUCGUGAAGUGGAGAACCGCCCUUCGUCCCCAUCCCUACGGAAUGUGGAGAGCUACCGCGAGGAGAAGGAUGAGAUGGACUCGAACGCAGAUGAUUCGUCUGAUUCCGAGCCCAGUGCUGAGGGAAGCAUACAUGCCACCAAGAAUGCUAGCCCCCAAGUACAAUUCCAGCCGGAGCACCAGUCUCCUGCCCCGGCUACCGAAGCACCGCGUGGUAACCGCCCACGGUUCACGCUAUUGGCCGAUCAACUCAGCGGAUGGAGGGCCAGCAGCCCCCAGAAGGCUGAGCCCAGACGCUCGAAACGGAGAGGUGUUUUCUCUCUUGGUGGAGGACUGAGAAGGUCCAGCGGUGUUCCGCGUGCUUCCCGUCUGUCUGGGCAGGUGUCUUAUCCUGAUAUCACUGCCCACGAAGACAAUCUAGCCCUCGAAUCUUCCCAUCAGGAGAACAACGUUGAGGAUCAGAAUAUUACGUCUCAUGCUGAUAUGAUGCCCGAAUCGGAAGCAAUUCAAGAUAACGCCCAGGAAAUCCAGCCCUCCAUCGAACAGCCCAACUUUGAGAUUUUCAGUGACCCGGAACCCGAAGUUGUCCAUACUGAAGCAGUUGAUGAAACCAACUCUUCCGACCCGGUGCUGGCUUCUUCAAACGAGGAUAAGGACUCAACGAAGCCUGCAUCUCCCGCCCAAGAGGCUUCAUUCGAGUAUGAUGACAACAAAGAGAACGAUGAUAUCCCUCUUCCUGGGCCGGUGACUCCGAUGAAAAACCGGAGCAACCAGCUGCAGACCGUUCAUACGGUAUCAAAGGUGCCUCUGAAGGGAGAAGGACAGAUUUCUCCCUUGAAAGUAUCUCGAAAAAGAGGCCUGUCGAUGGGCACCUCGCCUACUCGGUCCUCUUCCAGGAUCCGCAAGUCUCUGGGUCCUCUGUCACCGGCAUCCCUGCGCCCACCUCCCAAGCUACCCCGUCUUCAGCAAGACACAAUUCCCAAGCUGCAACCGAACACGUCCCGACGGAGGAGCUCCAUGGGCCAACAGCCCAGAAGUGUCGCUAAACCUUCGCGUACCUCUAGCCCGGCGAAGAGUUCCCGGAAGAGUAUCAGCGCGACCAACUUGGCCCUGCAGGGGGCUGUCGUGUUUGUUGAUGUCCAUACUACGGAAGGAGAGGAUGCCAGCGGUAUCUUCAUCGAGCUUCUGCAGCAAAUGGGGGCUCGGUGCGUCAAAAACUGGUCGUGGAACCCUCGUGCCAGUGUUUCGCCGGACGAGGACGCUCAAACCAAGGAAGGCCGAGUGGGUAUAACCCACGUCGUCUACAAAGAUGGAGGAGUUCGGACUCUGGAGAAGGUCAGACAUGCGCGAGGCCUGGUGAAGUGCGUUGGAGUUGGUUGGGUUCUUGACUGCGAGCGAGAAGGCAAAUGGCUCGACGAAGCCCACUACGCGGUUGACAGCUCCAUCAUCCCUCGUGGCGGCGCCAAACGGAGAAAGAGCAUGGAGCCUCGGGCCCUCAGCAACGUCAACGGAACCCUGGUCACAAGCACCGCCGCUGCCAACAGCAGACGAUCUGGCGCCGACUGGAACACCGUGGAAGAGUUCAAGCGCCACACCCCUACUCCUCCUCUCGAGGAGCCUUCCACGCCGACCAACAACCGCAAGUACGACGCCGAUAUCAACGAGCGCUACUUCCAGACCCCGAAGACGCCCGGCUACGGCUUCAACAUCGACAACAUCGGCAUGUCCCCGGCUACUCCGUACUACCUUUCUCAGAGGAACAAGCUCGUGCAGCAGACUUGUCCUCCGAAACAGCUUCAGCAGGGCCUUUUUGAGAGAGCGGGCCCAUCCGAGCAGCCUUCUCAGAAACUGCGGACGAAGCUGGAAGCCGCGAGGAGGAAGAGUUUGGCGUAUAAGCCUAGAGUUGGGAGUCCAUUGAUUGAGUGA